AUGGGGAACUCCAUGGGUUGUGUCAGGCCUCCUCGGGAGGGGGAACUCGGUGGAGCCCCCCCACUUUCACCAAAGAAGCGUCUACGUUUCAGGCGCAAGCACAAGGGCAAAAGGGUCAGGAAAGAGGAGGGAGAGAAGGACGACUACGAGCAACAAAGAGGCCAUGAGCCUGAUGACAGAGAGGAAGAGGAUGAGGACGAGGAGGAGAAACACACAGGUGUAGAGGCAGGAGAUUCAGAUUUUAGCAACAGAGCGAGGACUCUGAUAACAGUGCCUGACACCCUGUUAACUCAUUCCAAAAUGAAUCUGCACAGCAAUACUCUCUCCCCCGGCUCCACCAGUGCCAGUGUUGGGGGCUUUUUGGGCAGCAGAAUACUUGAAGUGUCCCCUAAUCCCAGCCCAGCCUGGAGAGGGGUCUUCUGCCUUCCAGGGGAGGAAGACACUGUCAGCGCAAUCAUAGAUGUCUCCAGCAUCCCGAGCCAAACCACAACAACCACCCCAGUCAACACAGCCCCAGCCCUGGGCAGCACCACUCCAGGCGGAGGGAGGGUGGACGGUAAACUCUGCGUGGUGCGGACCAUGUACCCCAGUGACUAUGGCUCUCCACUGUGGAAGGGCGAAAGUGACAGUGAAGUGGAGGUGCGUAAAGAGCCUCCUGUCCCGUCUCCACUCACAGGAAAUAUUCUCAAAGUCCUGCUGUCUGAGGAGGACAAGAGUAGAGCCAAGAUGUCUGCCGGUGAAACCCCACUGUCCUUUACUGAACUGCAGGUUCAGGAGACUACGGGUGUCAAGGGGUUCAGGUUGGACUCUCCAUCUCGAGCGCAGGAGAGGUCAUCUCUCUUGGAGUCGGGAUACGCCAGCGACCUGCCGCUGACCUCUCCAGAAACAGCGGGCACCACCCCCAGUCAGACAGACUGGGGAGGGCUGACCAGCAGCUCGUCAGAGAGGCUGGACUCCAUGAUGGAGAGUCCUCUGUCGCUGCAGCAACAGGCAGCUGUGAAAUACCUGCCACAGAUUUCAGAGAUCUAUGUGAGCGGCGAGUCGGGCGACCUCACAGCCAAAGAGAAGCUGUUAUUAUGGAGCCAGCAGGCGACAGAAGGCUACCCAGGCCUCCGCUGUGUCAACUUCACCUCAUCCUGGAGCGACGGACGCAUGUUCAACGCUCUGCUGCACAGAUACAGGCCAGACCUGAUCGACAUGGAGAUGGUGUCACGGCAGAGCAACCGUGAGAACCUCGAGCAGGCCUUCGAAAUCGCUGAGUCGUUAGGGGUGACCAGACUGCUGGACGCUGAGGAUGUUGAUGUUCCGUCUCCAGAUGAGAAAUCAGUCAUCACCUACGUCUCUUCCAUCUAUGAUGCCUUCCCUAAGAUCCCUGAGGGAGGAGAGGGCAUCGCCGCACAUGAGGUGGACCAGCGCUGGUCAGAGUAUCAGUCCAGGUUCUCCUCUCUGCUCCAGUGGAGCCGCCAGCAUACGACCCUGAUGGCCAACAAAAAUUUCCCACAAAACCCUGUGGAACUCAAGGCACUUUACAACGAGUACGUCCAUUUCAAAGAGACGGAGAUCCCCGCAAAGGAGGGCGAGAAAGGUCACAUCGAACACCUCUACAAACUGCUGGAGGUGUGGAUAGAGUUUGGUCGUAUUAAGCUUCCUCAGGGCCUCCAUCCCAAUGACCUGGAGGAGGAGUGGGGGAAACUCAUACUGGAGAUGCUGGAGAGAGAGAAGGCCCUACGGCCAGCUGUGGAGAGGCUAGAGCUGCUGCUUCAGAGAGCCAACAAGAUCCAGAACAUGGCUCUGGACUGUGAGGAGAAACUCACGCUCGCCAAGAACACACUCCAGGCUGACAUGUCUCGGGUGGAGAGCGGCGAGGCGGUGCAGUGUGAGAAAGAACUGGCCUGUUACCUUCAGGACUGUGAGUCUCUGAUCAGACAUCUCAACCAGGAGCUCAGAGUCCUCCGAGAUGAGAAAUACUACCAGGUGGAGCAGCUGGCGUUCAGAGUGUCCUGCCUUCAGGAGGAGCUGGUCUCCCUCAGACUGCAGUGCUCCAGUGUCUACAGGAAGGGACAUUUCUCUCAGGCCCUGGGCAGCACCGGGGCUGAGCACCCCACCCAGCGGGCCACUGACAGCGGCCUCUCACUGGGGCAGACGCUGCUGGGAGCUGUGGGAGUUGUCGGGGCUGUCGGAGCAGCGCUCCUGCGGCGACCCAUGGCUCGCUCCCAGCUGGUGGCCAUGUCUUCAUCAGAGGACGAAGGAAGCCUGAGGUUCAUCUACGAGCUGCUCGGAUGGGUGGAGGAGACACAGGAGCUGCUGGAGCGAGCUGAGUGGGGCGCAGACCUUCCCUCUGUAGAAAACAACCUCCAAGAGCACAACAACAUACACACUGCAGUCGAAGAGCUAAUGAGCAGCCUGCAGGAGGCACGCAGCUACGAGGCAAAAGUUUCCCCCAACUUCAAGAGCAGUUACUCUGAAACCCUGGCCAAGCUGGAGCACCAGUACUGCAAACUACUGGAACAUUCGUCAUGGCGCCUGCGGAGCUUGGAGAGCCUGCAUGCGUUUGUGUCGCACUGCACUGAGGAGCUGAUCUGGCUCAACGAGAGGGAGGAGGAGGAGAUCGCCUUCGACUGGAGCGACAACAACACCAACAUGAACGCCAAGAGAGAAUUAUACAGCGAAAUGAGGGAAGAGCUGGAUGAGAAACGAGACAUAAUGCGGUCACUUCAGGAAACGGCCAGCCGUCUGUGUCAGGAGAACCAUCCAGCCAAACAGACUGUGGAGGCGUACAGUGCAGCCCUGCAUACUCAGUGGCAGUGGGUGGACCAGCUCUGUGUGUGUGUAGAGCAACAUCUCAAAGAUAAUACGGCGUACUUCCAGUUUAUGAGUGACGCUCGGGAAUGUGAGUCGUACCUGCGGCAGCUCCAGGAAACCAUCAAGAGACAGUACACCUGUGACAAGAACAGCAGACUGAGCAAACUGGAAGACCUGCUGCAGGACUCCAUGGAGGAGAAGGAGCAGCUGAUCGAGUACCGCAGUACGGUGGCAAGUCUGGUGGGCCGGGCCAAGACAUUAGUGCAGCUCCGCCCCCGCAGCGCAGAGAGCACCCUGGGAGCCACCACACCCAUCAAGGCCAUCUGUGACUACAGACAAAUAGAGACAAACAUUCAGAUCACGAUAAGUCGAGGAGAGGAGUGUGUGCUGGAGGACAACUCUCAGAGGACCAAGUGGAAGGUGAUCAGUCCGACAGGGAACGAGGCCAUGGUCCCCUCAGUGUGUUUCACCGUCCCCCCUCCCAACCAGGAGGCCAUCGACACAGCCAGCAGGACAGAGCAGUUAUACCAGAAGGUCAUGUCUCUGUGGCAUCAGCUCCAUGUGAACAUGAAGAGUGUGGUGUCCUGGCACUACCUGCUCAAAGACGUCAGGACUGUCUCCGGAUGGACCCUGGACACGGUUCGAUGCCAGUCUCCCUCGGAGCGGCAGCAGGUCCUGGAUCACCUUGAGUCCCAGUUUGCUGACUUCCUGUCGGACAGCAAAGAGAGCUCUCUGUUCACGCCGGCCGAAAGACGAGAGCUGGAGAAGGACGUGCAGCAGGCCCAGCAGCACUGCCAGAACCUGCUGCUCAACAUGGAGACAGUGGAGAAAGAUGAGUCGGUCUCUCGGUCGUACCUGUCGGAGCUGCAGAACAUCAGCCUUCGUCUGAACGAGGCCGAGCAGAGACUGAUGAGGGGAAUUCAGACUCCGCCCCCCAGCAGGCUGUCAGCAGACAUCUCUGACAACACUGUCCAGAUUGCAGAGCAAGAGAAGCUGCAGUCGGAGCUGGACGGCCUGCGCUCCAGUUUGGGCGACGUGUCUCGUCGCUGCGUCAGUUUCUUCGAGGAGAAGUCGACGUCCUCCAGCGUUCCCGUCCUCCGGUCCGAACUCAAUCAGGCUGUGGAAAAGACAGACAAACUGCACAACCUCUCGUCUGUCUACCUAGAAAAGUUGAAGACAGUAGACGUCCUGAUUCGCAGCCUAGAUGAAGUGGAGAGCCAGGUCAGGAAGUACGAGAGCAGACUGAGUGAAGAAGACAUAGUUCCUGCUGACACCACGGCCAUUCACAACCUCAGAGAUCAACUUAGGAAGUGGCAGGCUGAGCUCUCUGAGCAGGAGGACAUCUUCCAGUCUCUGCAGUCUGCUGUACAUCGAGCCAAAGAGGCAGGGUCUCAGCUCAGCAGGCUCCACCCUGACCGCAGCCCUGAGCUGGAGCUCUACCAGGAGAGAGCCAAUCAGAUGGUAGAGAGAUGGAACGGAGUCAGGAGACAGAUGGAGACACGACGAGCUGACCUGGAGUCUCUGGGCUCGGCCCUGCAGCAGUACAGAGACGGUCACUCUGCUUUGAUCAAGUGGAUCGAAGAGACGACAGAGAGACAAGAAAACACACAACCCGGACAGAGUGACAGCAAAGCACUGUCUGAACAGCUGGCCCAGCAGACGGCAUUAGUAGCUGAGAUUGAACAGAAUCAGACCAAACUGGAUGAGUGUCAGACUCACUCCAAACAGUACUGCACCUCAGUGAAGGACUAUGAACUGGGCCUGAUGACAUAUAGAGCCUUUGUAGAGUCGACACACAAGUCACCAGUCAAGAGGAGGAGGAUGCACUCUUCCUCUGACGCCAUCACUCAGGAGUUUAUGGACUUGCGCACACGCUACACGGCCUUGGUCACCUUGACGACCCAACAUGUAAAGUACAUCAGUGAUGCACUGAGAAGACUAGAAGAAGAAGAGAAAGAGGUGGAGGAGGAGAAGCAAGCCAGAGUCGGCCAGGUUUCAGAUCUGCUUGGCUGGGUUCAAGGCCUCCAGGGACGGACCGGGGGCCCCAACGCUGAGUCUUCACUUGCUGCUCAGCAGGCCAUCACUGAACAGCUAGCUGCCAAGAAGGAUGAAGUGGCUGAAGCCAUAAGGAGCACACAGGUGUUCCUGCUGUCAAAACAGGCCAGCAAGUUGUCCCCAGAGGAGCGUGCUCAUGUGGAGGCCCAGCUGGACGAGCUAACAUCCACCUACAACCAGAUGUGUGAUAGCUCCACCCAACAGCUGCAGCAGCUGGAGCAACAACUUGCCAAAGAGGAGGAAAGAAAGAACCAAAUCGCCAUCGCUGGAGUCAUCGACCUGGGAACAGUGGAAACAUUCCCAGUGUUCCAAGCAGCCCGACGUGGUCUUAUUGACCAGGACACCUGCCAUGUACUACUGGAGGCUCAGCUCAUUCUGGGGGGGCUCGCCCAGCCUGACUCCCCUCUCAGUCUGUCACUGGAACAAGGUCUAGCUCAAGGCCUCAUUGACGCCCACACCAGACAGUCCCUUCAUGAGCUAGAGGCUGCCCUGCUGUUGGUGGAAAAUACAAAAUCUGCUGAUGACCAACAGCAAAAUAUGUUGCCGGUAGCUACGGCUAUGGAGGUUGGGCUCAUCAAGGAGGAAGUAGGACUCCGUAUUCUGGAGCUGCAGCUGAACACUGGAGGCCUGAGAGACUCAACGGGGAAGAUGAUGAGUUUGGAGCAAGCUGAAGACAGAAGACUUUUGACUCCCAGAAUCGUCACCAAACUCCAGUCCAGGCUGCAACAUAGGGAGCUGAUCGAUCCAAACACAGCUGAAAAAUUGAACCUGUAUGAGCUCCAGCAACGCUGUGUCUUCGACGAUGACUCAGGUCUCCUUCUCUUCCCUGUCAAACAGCAACCUGGAGGAACGGUCUGCCUCCGCUCCGGAAGAAAAGUUGGCAUCUUCCGUGCAGUCCAGGAAGGUCUCAUUGAUCGGAAAGUUACUGUACGACUUCUUGAAGCUCAGCUUUUUGCUGGUGGUAUUACUGACCCACGCUCUGGCCACCGGCUGACAAUUGAAGAGGCUGUUCGUCAUGGGCUUAUGGACCAGGAUCUAGCAUGUGCCAUGUUAGCACGUCAGCUGCAAAAUGGGGGAAUUCUAGAUCCUUUCAGUGGAGAGCGCCUGGAUUUGGAAGAAAGUAUUCGCAGAAACCUUCUGUCCUCUCGUUUGGCUCUGUUGGUCCUCGAGUCUCUUUGGGCUUUCAUGGGACUGCUCUGGCCUGAAUCUGGAGAACUUCUGCCUGUUGCUGAGGCUCUUCAACAAGGAGUGAUCUCAGGAGAGCUAGCAAGAAACAUUCUCACACAGCGUCAUGCCAUUGGGGCUCUUUACGACCCAGAAACCCUCCAGGUGCUGGCCCUAAACCAGGCCCUCGAGCCCAGUGUAGUCAGUUUUCUCAAAGACACCCACAUACCAGAUGUUCUUCCGAACAUGAAUCAGUCUGGUACCCCAUCUCUAAACCGCUUGAGCUGGGGCUCCACCAGCUCCUCUCCGCCUCCCUCUUCUCCACCCCCUUCAUCAUCACCUGCAGGCCUUGUGUUGGAUGCUAUGCCAACAGAAGGAAUGGAUCCUGAAGAACAAGCAAAACACAAGCUUCUGUUUCACCUCAUGACUCACAGCUAUGUGGAUGCUCAUUCUGGAAAACGGCUGGUGCUGCUGGACUCUGAGCUGUUGGAGUUGGUCAAAGCUACUGAACUGGUUGCUGGAGACUCUGUACAAGAAGUUGAGCCUGUGAGCGCUUUAGCUACAGAUGAGCAGGUGAAGUUGAAAAUGUUGAGAGAGAUUAGUUUGACAGAUAAAGGACUGAGUGACGAACAAACUGAAGUUGAAGAAGAAAGUUCGAAUGGAGUCACACCAAGCAAGGAUUUGGAGAUCUAUGGUACAGGUAGUCUAGAAGAAAGGUAUGAUGUAGAAAAUGAUAAUAAUUUGCUGCAGAAACCAACAGAAAUUGUAGAGAGUGAUUUAGCCUUUGAAGCUAAAGAUGAAAUCAGUGUAGAUAAAGAUGCAGAAGUAAAAGUUAAAAAGAAAGAAAUGUCAAAUGAUGAAAGUGUAAUGGCUUCAGCUAAAGGCCCAGGAGAGCUGGUAGGAACUGAAUCCAAACCCAGAGAUAGUGCUGGUCCAGAGACCAGUAUUAUAACUACAACAGUCGAUAGGGUAACAUUCACAGCACCACUCAAAUCAGAGGAAGAUAUUCAUUUAACAGAGUCUGAAGAAAGAAAAGAUGUAAAACAUUCUCAGAUUGAAUCAGACAGGAUCGAAGAAAAGGUGCCUAUAAUAGAGACUGACACAAAGAUGGCUAAACCUCAGGUUGAUAUUCCUGAAUCAGCAGUGGAGAAGGAAAGGGAGGAUGCUGAGUUGGCGAGGUUAGUCCUCGAGCUCAAACAGGGAGGACUGAUGACGGAGGAUGGGGAGAGGCUGCUUCCAGAUGAGGCAGUAGCCCAGGGUGUCCUCCCCGGCCACACUGCAGUUAAAUUAAUGGCUCGGGCAGGUUUGUUUGGGGGUUUCCUAGAUGCCAGCAGCGGCAAGUCACCUAGCAUGGAGGAUGUAAUGCAGGAGGGCUUACUAGAUGAAGAACUGAUGUGGAGUGUCCUGAAGGCAGAUAAAACCCUUGCAGGGGUUGUGGACGUAGAGAAAAGGCAGAUCUGCGGGGUAAAGGAGGCAGCUCAGGCAGGGUUGAUCGACCCCAACACUGCUGCUCGACUUCUAGAAGCCCAGGUGGCGUCUGGGGGGAUCGUUGACUUGCGUAGGGAUAAGAAAGUCUCUGUCACUCUCGCAGCAAACUUGGGACUGAUUGAGGAGGGUCAAAAAGAAGAACUGGUGGCACUAGAGAAGGCAUGCAAAGGAAAAGAUACAGAUUCAGCAACAUCCCUCACAAAAGCCAGUUUACAGCUGCAGAUGGAAGGUGUUAUUGACCCAGAGUCUAAGUCUCCAGUUCCUCUGGAGCAAGCAAUUCAGAAAGGGUUGAUUAGGCCAGAGGAGGCUUAUCAGGUGUUGGCAAGGCAGGUGGCAGAAGGUGGUAUAAUACACCAUGCUUCAGGAAUGAGGCUUUCAGUGUCUGAUGCUGUAGAUAGAGGAUUAGUGGAUCGGUCUAUUGCUCCUGGCCUGGAGGAACUGGAGUGGGUCUACCAAGGAAAAGUCAGCCCUUCAUCUCACCCAGACGCUGUUGUUCUCCAGGCAUCAACAGGAACUAUUUUAGACCCUGACUCUGGAUGUAAACUUACAUUGACAGAGGCAGUUUCUAAGGGUAUCCUGGAUGAGAACGUAGCCAGUGAGGCCAUGGAUUCUCCCACAGUGACACAAGGGGCACUCGACCCUCAAACUGCACGCAUUGUGCCGUAUUCAGAACUUGUAAACCAGGGUAAGAUAGAUAUUGAAACAGGUAAACGUUUCUUGGAGGUGAAACCAUUCAGAGGCAUUCAAAAUGAGCAAACAGGAGACAAUUUUACUCUUUCUGAGGCAGUUGAAUCAAAGCAAGUUGACCCAGUUCCAGCUCUGAGGCUCCUCCAAAGCCAAGCAGAUAGUGGAGGGAUCAUUGAUAUCAAGACCGGAGAGAGGCUUCCCCUUUCUGAAGCCUGUAAAAGAGGUUUAGUUGGAGAUGAUAUGGUGAAGGUAAUAGCCACCAACCAGAUUUUGAAAGGAGGCUUAGUUGAUCCCACAACUGGACAACGAAUCUCUAGUCUCACUGAUGCUAUUGCAGUAGGACUCAUACCCAGUGACAUAGCGUCAGAGAUUCAGGACAAAGUGGCUUCUGCAGAGAUAGAGGGUGAUGACGACAGUUCUACACCUGUUGCCUCAUCAAAUGGUACAUACAGCCCAGCUAUUAUAUUGUCUGUGACAAGCCCUGAUAGUCCAUACAGCACUGAGGUGUCUUCAAGUUCUCCACUUUCAGAGAAAGGUGAUACACAGGAGGAUGGAAAGACAUUAACAUCUGUAGUAUCAGACCCGUCAGCUUUCUAUGACACUACUGCAGAAGAGGACAAGGUAGAAGUGCCGGUGUCAGUGGGAGAAGAGUCUUUAAUUGAGCCAGACCAGUCUAUGGACCUCUUGAGUAAUUUUGCAGCUAAUGUUGAGAAAAGAAUUCAGCAAGCCAUAGAAGAGAUAGGACCACAGACAGACACCAAUGAAACAGAGAGUCUUCCUAAACAGGAGCCUGAUGAGAGCCUGCAGACUGAUGAGAAACUAAAGGAGAGUGUUUUCAGUGAUUCUGUUGGAGGAUCCAUGGACGCACCUGUCUAUGAGAUUGUCAAAGAUUCCCAGGAAGAGGUCAGAAAAGAGGCUGCUACCUUGAAGGCUGUUGGGGAACCUGUGAAGGUUGGGGAAAAGAAGCGUAGACCCAGUGAUGAGAGCACGUCAGUGGUUCAUCAUGUUUCUGAAGGUGAAAACCUGAUGAGUCCUGUGGCAGCAGAGAUUAGAGAUGAAAGUAAAGACGACGUUGAAUUGUCAAAACUGAGUGAGCAGGAAUAUAGAAAGAGUGAUGCAGCAACACAGAGGGAUGAAGGUAUAGGUGGCAAAGGCAAAGCAGAGGAAAGAGAGAAAUCUUCAAAGACAGAGAUCAAAUCAGGCACUGACGUUGAGCAGUCAGACCAAUCACAGACAUUUACAUCCAGAGAGACAGAGAGCAAAAGCAAGAAAAAGAGGAAGAAUAAAAAGAAGGGAAAGGGUAAAGAAGCAGAGAGUGAAAUACCUGCAGACAUAAAACGUCCAACUGAAAUUGACCAAGCUGGUGCAGAAAUAGAAGGGCAGCCUGAGGCAGCUACAGAUGAGUUUGCAUUACAAGACAAAUUCGAGAAAUCACAGAUUCAUGGUGAGGUGGCUUCCCUCAGCCCUCCCAAUGGAGAAGGAGAAGGAAAGGUUGACUGGAAAGUUGAAGCCGAAAAUGAUUUGGUAAAACAGGGAGGUGAAUCAGUUCCAGCCACUCUAGAUUUCACAGAACAACCUGCUGAGCCAGAAAAGGAUGCAAUAAAAAUGAUGUUUUCUAAGGAUGUAGAGAAAAGUGAUAAGAAAGAGAAGGUAAAAAGAGAGGAGCAGAAAGAGGAGGUUGAAGAGAGGGCUUCUGUCUAUCAACAACCAGAGGGCACCGAGGAGGCGAAGAAAGGCAAGGAGCAAGAAUUGCCUCAGAAAUCGACUCUACCAGACACUGAGAAAGCAGCGUUGAUACUGAAAGCCAAAGAGAGCAUUCUUAAAAAGGUGUUUGAAAAAGGAGUGAGUGAGAAGCAGGCUGCUGAGGAGCUGCAGGCGCUUCGCAAAGAGGUGGGGAAGAAGGAGAGUCAAGGCUCAGCUGAUAAAGAUGUAAAAGCACAAACUCUGCCAGCUAAUGUUGAUGGAGUGGAGAGUCGUGAUAUCAAAGAUGAUGGUGUCCAGAGACUGAAUGGUUCACCAAGAGAAAGUGAGGAAGAGGUGAGUGUCCAAGGAGACGAAAUGAAAUUGACAAAGAAAGAAGAUACGACUGUGGAGAAACUUUCUGCCAAGGAGGGAGUGGAGACCAAACUACCGAAGGCUCCUUCAACAGAGAGAGAGAAGAUCAGGAGCUCUGGAACGGAAGACAUAGAGAAAGAUGUUGAGACAGCUCCAUCAGUCCAGCCCAAAGAAAUUCAGCCAAGUAAACGAAGUAAGAAGAACAAGAAAGCCAAAGGUCCAAAGGUGUCAGACAAAGCUGAGCCUCAAACUGAGAAGUUAACAACUGAUGGAAAAGUGGAUUCUGAGGUGACAACAACAAAGGUUACCACAAAACCUACAAUGGAAAAACCAAAGUUAGAUAGCUCAGCUUUGACUAAGGAGCAGAGGAGUGACAGACAUACUGAUGGUCAGGCAACCAGUGAUGUCAUCCAGCCUUCAGGUGGCGAUGAGGCAAACAAAAUGGAGACCUCUACAAGUCCUGUGAAAGCAGCUGAGACCAUUCAACAAAGUCUUCCAUAUCAACCAGAGGAAGACAUGUCUCACACUGAGGAACACAAACAAGCUGCAGAGGAUACAUCUGUUGGGAAAGAAGAAUCCCUUCCAAAAAGUGAAGGUGAAUCCAUCGACCUUUCUCAUGAAGCUGUCACAUGCAAACCAGAGAUCCAACCCACAGCUCAGUCUGUGGCUCCUGGCACACAGCCAGGUAAAACAGCUGGGAGAGGUAAAAAGAAGAAAGAUCAACGACCAUCAGAGGUUGAAAGUACCGAUGUUCCUGAAUCCAAAUUCUUAAAAGACCAACAGCAGAAUGUUGAGUCUCCAGAAUCACCACCUUCGCUCUCAGAAGAUGCUUCAACUGAGUCUGAAUCACUUGGAGUCCCAGAGUCUGAUACAGCCACUGAGAGCUGGGGCGAGGAAGAGGAGGAUGUCAGAGAGAGACGAGAAGUUCUUUCAAACAAAGAGGGGACGACGUCCAUGACUGGAAAGUCUUCAUUAAAGCGUCAGGAAUGCUUGGAGCACGACCAGCGAAUCGUAGCCCUGGUCUCCAUGGUGAGACACAUCGAGGUCCGACUCAAACAGCAGCAGCAACAAUCUGUCGGCCGCAGCCUCAUCGCCCUGGAUGACAUCAUCAGACAGACUGAGACUCUGGACUUUGAACUGUGCGACUUGGAGCCUGAGAUCACAAAGGAGGUGGAGGCCGCUGAGCAACUACUGAAGCCCCAACCUAAAGAUGUUCCUCCGCAGCUCCUAUUGGCUCUGGAAAAGGACGGGCGUAGCUUGGCUCGAGGGUACGAGGCUGCCAGAGCGCUUUCUGAGGGCAUUCUGCAAAGUCUGCGCGACCACCGAGACUCAUACAAGGAGGCAGUAACGGCUGAGCAGAAGUCACUGGGAGGACAGGUGGAGAGUCUGCUCUCGUGGUUGAAGGAGACGGAGGCUCAGAUGGAUGGAUGGAUGGCAGGGAUGGAAAAAACUGAGAAAGCGGAGAAAGAUGAUCGUGAUCAGCUCACACAGCAGCUGAAUCUUUGCAGGGAGCUCCAGACCUCUCUGAUGGCUCGCUCCAAUGAGGUCAACAAUGUGGCCUUGGAAAUUCAAGUGUUCAUCUCAGAGCGGGCGCAGGACCUGGCCCCCGAACAGAGCAGGCAGCUCCUGGGGCAGCUGCAGCAGCUCCAGAGGGCCUUCCACAGAGCGUCGGGCCAAGCCCAGGCGUGGGCUGAUGCCCUCUCUGCCCAGAGAGAGAGGGAGGAGGAGUGGCAGCGCAGGGAGAGGGUGAAAGAAGAGGAGAAGGACAGAGAAAGACAGAGUGCAAGGGAGAGAGAGGUUGUCCAACAGCAGAAAGCCGAAUGCUCUCAGAAACUAGAAGGCCUCACCAUGUGGUUGGCUGGAGCUGCCAGUUUGCUGGCCAGUCAGAAUGCGGGAGCAGAGUCAGGUGAUGUGAACGUCUUGCAAGAGAAGCAGAAGAAACUAAAGGAAGUACAGAAGGAUCUCAAGACUAAAGGUGAGGGCAUAGCUGAGGCCAUCCGCUCUGUGGAGGAUUUCCUGGCUGAUCGGGGAGAAAGUCUGAGCCCAGAGGAGAGGGAGAACCUCCAGGGGACGCUAGCAAGAAUGAAGGAGCAGUACAGCACCCUCACAGAUUCAGCAAACACGUCACUGUCAGAGCUGGACACAGCCAUCAACACCACUGUGCAGCAGAACACACAAAGGGCUAAAGCAGUGGAGGAACUCCAAGAGACUCGAGGCCAGAUUGACUCCCUGCUGAAUGAGUUGUCCUCCCUAAACCAACCAGGCAGAAGAGGAGCUGGAUCUAUAGUGGCUCAACAUGUUGUUGAUGCACCGUCCUCACAGCCAGAGGGUGCUGUCACGUCACACACAGAGACGCUGCAGGCGGAGCUUCAGCAGCUCCAGUCUCAGCAGGCUCAGCUUCUUCAAAUCACCCAGACAACUCGAUCCCUUUUGGACCAACCGGACUCGACUGUUCCUCCUGAAGAGAAGCAGCGUCUCCAAGCUGCCCUGGACCAGCUGCAGGCCCAGCACCAGGACAAACUGCAGAGCUGCCAGGAGCGUCUGAGGAAGUCUGAGGCUCUGAAAGAUGAGUUGACCAAGUUCCUCCAAGAACAUGGAAGUCUGGGUGCCUGGCUGGAACAGAGUGAACAGGAGCUCCGUUCUCUUGGGGAAGGAGAAACUGAUGCACAAGGACUGAAGGGCAGGCUGGAGGAGCACAGAAAGCUUGCUGAGGAAGUCAUUUGCCACAAGGCGGACCUGCGUUUCGUCUCCAUCUCCGGUCAGAAAGUUCUGGACUCUGUUCAAGGGUCUCUGGAGCAGGUUGGCGGUUCAGACCCAGCUCUGGAAAGCACCAAGCAGCUGGUGACUGACAAGCUGCAGGAUGCUAACCACAGAUACACAACCCUACACACCAAGUCAACAGAGUUGGGUGGUCGUUUGUCCGGCCUGUUGGAGAGGUACCAGCAGCACCAGGAUGAGGUCGUCUCCCUCCACUCCUGGCUCAGCACUCAGGAACAGAACCAAAGCAUAGCCAAAGCCAGCGGGGACACAGACCCACAGAACCUGCAGAACACACUGAGACAAGUCCAGCUGCUGCAGGAUGAACUGGCAGAGCGCUCAGUGCAGCUGGAGAAGGUGAAGAGAGCAGGAAGAGAUCUGGUCAGCGCAGAUGAAUCUCCCUCCCUGAAAGCUGUAGACAUCCUCUGUGCUGCGGAUGGUUUAGAGAAAAGAUUCAGCUCUCUGUCUGCGUCUGUCUCUGAGCGGGCCGAGCAGCUUCAGACGGCCGUGGCUCAGUCUGUCAGUGUCCAGGAGGGCCUGAAGGGUCUGCUCAGCUGGCUGGACAAACUGGUUCUGAAGCCCGGACCAGUGGAGCCCACCGCACAGGCUGUACAAGACGCCCUUACCCAAAAUCAGAAACUUCGGCAGGAGCUGCUCUCCAGGCAGGGCAGCGUGGAGGCAACGCGGGACUCUGUUUCCAAACUCCUUCAGAGUUCGGAUGCUUCCACAGCCUCAGGCCUCCAGGGCGCUUUAGACGAACUGACUCAGCGCUACACUGAAGCACAAGCCAGCCAGGCAGAGAGGGAGUCUGAGCUCAAAGGCCUGUUGCCCAGACUGGAGAACUACGAGCGGCUGGGGACCGACCUCCAACUCUUCACCCAGACCCGACUGAAGGCUCUGAGCCCGGUGGGCCAGCCAGACCGCAGCAUGGAUGACUACAGGCAAACCAUCGAGGAGGUCAAGUCGGAGCUGGAGCAGGAAGCGGGUCAGCUCAAGUCCUUCUGCAACCUCGGCACCGAGCUCAGCCACUCAAACGCUUUCAGUAACACUCAGAGCUUAUUGGAAAAUGUCAAAGGGGUGUCUGAUGAGUUCAACCAGCUGGAGGCAAAUGUCAACGAAAGGUUUGCUGCCAUCCAGGCCUGUGAGCAGCGGCUGCUUCAGUUCCGCGGGCUCUCCGGCUCCCUCCUCAGGUGGCUUCAGACGGCACAGGACCAGCUGCCCCCCAAAGAGGCCAACCUCAACACUGACGGCCUGCAGAGAAGAGUCCAGCAGCUCAAGGACUUGUUGAAUGACUGGGAGUCACAGGGACCCAGGGUUCAGGAGCUGAACAAGACAGGCUCACAGCUGGAGUCCGUCAUCAUCGACAUCACUGCGCCUCAGACCAAAACUGGUGCUCCUCAAAUCAAUGGCUCAUCAGGUCCCAGCAGUGUCAAUGGCAUUCACACCUGCAAAGACCUGACAGAGCUGCAGGUGGCCGUGUCAGAUGUGAACGGUCGAUAUGAGACGCUGGGCGGAGAGUUGAAAGAACGUCUUGGCCGCCAGCAGGCCUCACUGGAGCUGAGGCAGAAGGCCAGGCAGGGCACAGAGGAGCUGAAGAGCUGGCUGGCCAACAAAGAGCACAGCCUGAAACAGGGACAGACCGCCUCCCCCUCCAAACCUGAGGUGGUACGCGCCCAGGCCCAGGAGAACAAGGCCCUCCUCUCUGAGCUGACUGAGCACUCUGGGAAGGUAGAGGAGCUGAAGAGCACACUGAGGAAGCUCAUUGCUGACAACCCUGAUUCUCCUGAGGCAGACAGCUGGAGGCAACAGCUGCAGGAGAUAGACUCCCGCUGGCAGACAGCCAAUCAGACUGCAGCCCAGAGGCAGACCGAGCUUGAGACAUGUGCCGAUAGGCUGGGCAGCUUUGCCUCAGCAGCCAAUCAGCUGGGCCCGUGGCUGAGGGAGAAGGAGCUGAUGAUGAGCGUGUUGGGACCGCUGAGCAUCGACCCCAACAUGCUCAACACCCAGAAACAACAAGUACAGUUCAUGCUGCGUGAGUUUGAGACCAGGAGGCCGCAGUUUGACCAGCUGACCCAGUCUGCUGAGGGAAUUCUCUCCCAGACCUGUGACUCUGCUCAGGACCCGAAGGACCUGGCAGAGGUGCAGACUGAGCUGGGCUCCAUCUCCCAGCAGUGGGAAGAUCUAACAAACCGACUGAGUCAGAGGUCAAACCACAUCGACCAGGCCCAAGGAACCAGCGAACGGUACCAGGCCUUGCUCAGAGAGCUCUCCUCCAGUGCCUCUGCUCUGGGUGAGAGACUGGACGCUCAGGCCUCGCUGAGUGCCCAGCCCGAGGCGUUGAAGCGCCGCCUGCAGGAAACCGGAGAGAUCCGCUCAGAGCUGGAGAGACGGCGGACCGAGCUGGCCGAGGCUGAGAGGCUCUGCCGGGAGCUGAGUGCCAUCGUAGCUGAACCCUACCUGAAGGAAGAGCUGAGUAAACGACUGGAGAGUGUCAGUGGGCCGCUGAAGAGUUUGGAGGAGCGUGCAGCUGACGGUCUGUCUCAGCUCCAGGCCGCCCUGUCAUCCACCCAGCAGUUCCAGCAGAUGUUUGAGGAGUUGCGCUCGUGGCUUGACAAGCAGGCAGAUCCCAGAGAAUCCUCCUCUGACUCCCUGCCUUGCCAGCCAGAGGCCAUCCGCUCCCUGCUGGCACAGACAGACGAGCUCCAGCGCGGCUUCGCCAGUCAGCGAGGAUCCUACGAGCUGAUUCAGGCUGAGGGAGCGUCGCUGCUCGCCUCUCUCCCAGCAGGCGGAGACGAACGCUCUGCCCUUCAGUCCCACCUGGGCUCCUUGCGACAGGACUGGGAGGGGUUGAACCAGAGAAUCUCAGACCGGGAGAGUCGACUGAAGAACACUCUGAGCAAAGCAGAAACCUACCAGCAGCACAAGGCAGAGCUGAUCCCGUGGUUGUCAGACUGCGAAGAGAAAGAUGGAGAGAUCCAGCCAUCACUGGACUCAGCUGCCCUGGAUGAAGCCUUGCAGAGGGCCCGAGGUCUGUCACUGGACCUGGAGAGACGACAGCCUCUCCUCGAGGCCUUCAACACUGCAGCUGAUCAGCUGCUGGAGCAGUGCUGCAUCGGGGAGGAAGAGGUACGAGACGAGAAGGCCCAGCUGAACCGCAGGGUGGAUGGACUGGGGGAGAAGCUCCAUAACCGCACCUCCCAGCUGGAGGAACUGUCUGGCCGCCUGAAGGAGUUUGAAGAGGGCAGACAGGCGGUGGAGCGGAGGAUGGAGGCAGCCAAGCACCAGAUUGAAGUCCAGGAGGCUCUGGGACCUCAGGCAUGCAGUGCGAAGAGCCUGGAGCGGCUGAGAGGUCAGCAGGAGAACCUGAGGUCCCUGCAGCCUCAGGUGGUCUACCUCAGAGACCUGGCCCAGGGGCUGGUGCAGGAUGCACCUCAGACACCGGGAGGCAGCACUGAGGGGGCACAGAGGCUUCAGGACCAGGCGAAAGAGACAGAGAAAGAGUAUGAUGACGUUACCGGCAAGAUCGAACACUGUUGCUCCUCCCUGGAGUCUCGUCUGCAGGGCGUCGGCGAGGUCCAGUCACACGUGCGCGAUGUCUUCUCUCGCCUUGCCGACCUUGACGAUGAACUGGACUCCCUCAGCCCUGUUGGGCGUGAUGCCGACUCCCUGGCCUCUCAGGCAGAUGCCCUGAAGGGCUUCCUGUCCCGUCUGACCAACCUGAGGUCGGAGCUGGAGGGUCACACGUCGGAGUGCACCACCAUGCUGCGGCGAGAGGGCUCCUCCCCUGAUCUCCUGGCUCUCAGGAGGGAGACUGAAGCUCUGAGCCGCCAAGCCGGAAAGCUGAGCGAGCGCGGCCAGGCCAGGUUGGACCAGAUCGAGGACGCUGCCGGGAGGGUCCGGGAGUUCUACAGGCUGGUGGCUGAGCUGCAAGGCCUGCUGGGAAGAGCUGAGGAGGGGCUGAAUGCGCAGGGCAUCGUCGGCACAGAGGUGGAGAUGAUCAAACAGCAGCUGCAGGAGUUCAAGGCUGUGGAGAGAGAACAGGUGGACAGCAUUCAACCCAAGCUGCAGCACGUCAACGCAGUGGGUCAGGGUCUGAUCCAGAGCGCCGCAAAACACACCGACACCCAGGCGCUGGAGCACGACCUGGAGACAACCAACCUCCGAUGGAACUCACUCAACAAGCGGGUGGCAGAGCGGAUCGCCCAACUGCAGGAGGCCUUGUUGCAUUGUGGGAAAUUCCAGGAUGCUCUGGAGCCUCUGCUAAGCUGGCUGAGCGACACAGAGGAGCUGGUGGCCAAUCAGAAACCUCCUUCUGCCGAGUACCGUGUGGUCAAGGCCCAGAUCCAAGAACAAAAGCUGCUCCAGAGAUUGUUAGACGACCGCCGGCCGACGGUGGAGAUGAUCCGCGCCGAAGGAGAGCGGAUCGCAGCCACGGCGGACACUCAGGACCGAGAGAAGAUCCAGACUCAGCUCCACAGUCUGGCAGAGAGAUGGACUGACCUGCUGGACAAGGCCAGCGGCAGGCAGAGGCAAUUGGAGGAGCUGCAGGUUCUGGCUCUUCAGUUCCAUGAAGCCCUGGAGCCACUGGGAGAAUGGCUGAGCACCACCGAGAGACGCCUGAGCUCCGCCGAGCCCAUGGGAACCCAGACGGCCAAGAUCACGCAGCAGAUCACCAAGCACAAGGCGCUCCAAGAUGACGUGUCCUCACGAGAAGCCGAGGUUGACCACCUCGAGGCCCUCAGCCAAUCGCUGACGCCGCUCAGUUGCGCGGCAGACCGCGAUUGGUUAAGCGAGCGCGUGGGGGCGGUGAGGUCAGGUCACUCGGAGCUCGCUGAUUGGUGCUCCAGGCGGGCAGGCCUGUUGGAGCAGGCGCUGGCCAACGCUCAGCUGUUUGGAGAGGAGGAGGUAGAGGUGCUGAACUGGCUUGCAGAGGUGGCUCAGAGACUGGCUCAGGUCUCUGUGCAGAGCUACCAGCCUCAGCUGCUGGCCGAGCAGCACAAACUCACUCUGUCUCUAAAUGAAGAGAUCCUGAGCCGGAAGAAGACAGUGGACCAGGCCAUCAAGAAUGGACAAGCUUUACUCAAACAGACCACAGGUGAGGAGGUUCUCCUGAUCCAGGAGAAGCUGGACGGCAUCAAGUCUCGCUACGCUGAGAUGACGGCCGGCAGCAGCAAGGCUCUCCGCACCCUGGAGCAGGCCCUGCAACUCUCCACGCGGUUCGCCAGCGCGCACGACGACGUCAACCAGUGGCUAGACGGCGUGGAGGCGGAGCUCAAUAAUGUGGAACCUGACGCCUCACCAGCCUAUCAGGAGAGACAGAAGGAGCUGAAGAAAGUUUCAGCAGAGAAGCGUCUGGUGUUGGACACGGUCAACGAGGUGGGCAGCGCCCUGCUGGACCUGGUGCCGUGGCGAGCCCGUGAAGGUCUGGACCGACUUGUCGCUGACGCCAACCAGCGCUAUCGGCAGGCUGAUGAAACCAUCACUCAGCGUGUGCAGCUGGUGCAAGCCGCCAUCCAGAGGUCACAACAGUAUGAAGAGGCAGUGGAUGCAGAGCUGGCCUGGGUCGGGGAGACGGAGCGCAAGUUGGCGUCUCUGGGGCCCCUGAGUCUGGAGCCUGACGUGACGGUGGCUCAGCUCCAGGUGCAGAGGGCCUUCAACAUCGACAUCAUCCGACACAAAGACACUGUGGAUCAGCUCCUCAGCACCAGAGAUGACAUCCUGGAAACUUGCAGUGAAGCCCAGAGGGAUGCACUGAUGGUGAAGACAGAUUCUCUGAGUGCUCGUUACGACGCAGUGAGCCAGAGCCACAGUGAGCGGUUCUCAGCUCUGGAGCAGGCCCAGGUUCUGGUGGCUCGCUUCUGGGAAACCUACGAGGAACUGGAGCCGUGGCUUGGCGAGACCGAAACCCUCAUCACCCAGCUGCCACCACCAGCCAUCGACACAGAUGCUCUCCGACUGCAACAAGACCAGAUGAGGCUGCUCAGAGAGUCUAUCGCAGAGCACAAACCUCACAUCGACAAGCUACUGAAGAUCGGACCCCAGCUGGCCGAGCUCAGCCUCCAGGAGGGGGCGACAGUGACGCAGCGCUACAGUGACGCAGAGAGGCGCUACCUGGCCAUCAAAGAGGAGGUGAAAGGUCGAGCUACAGCACUAGACGAAGCCGUGUCCCAGUCUGCACAGCUGGUAGAGUUUCAUGACAAGAUGGAUCCCCUGUUGGAGACCCUGGAGGGGGCGGUGCAGCGGCUGCGACAGCCUCCCCCAGUGGCAGCAGAGGUGGAGAAGAUCAGGGAGCAGCUGGCGGAGCACCGAGCUCAGGGGCUGGAGCUGGACAAACUGCUGCCAAGCUUCUCGGCCCUCUGCGCCCGCGGAGAGGAGCUGAUAGGACGAGCUGCUCGCGACGAUCCUGCCGCUCAGGCCGUCCGCUCCCGCCUCCUGCGCCUGCGCUCUCUGUGGGAUGAGAUCCGGCAGCGAGCCGAGGAGAGGGAGGGGAAGCUGAACGACGUCCUGGACCUGGCCGGGAAGUUCUGGGCUGACGUGGCGGCGCUACUGAGCACGCUCCGAGACUCCCAGGACAUUGUGAGAGAUCUGGAGGAUCCUGGUGUGGACCCCUCGCUCAUCAAGCAACAGAUUGAGGCUGCUGAGGCCAUCAAGGCGGAGACAGACGGCCUGAGGGAGGAGCUGGAGUUUGUCAGGACCCUCGGGGCUGACCUCAUCUUCGCCUGUGGAGAAACUGAGAAACCUGAAGUCAAGAAGACCAUCGACGAGAUGAACGCUGCCUGGGAAGGCCUGAAUCGGACAUGGAGAGAGAGGAUGGAGAGACUGGAGGAGGCCAUGACGGCCUCUGUGCAGUAUCAGGACGCACUGCAGUCAAUGUUUGACUACCUGGACAACGCAGUGAUCAAGCUGUGUGACAUGUCGACGGUGGGAACUGACCUGGGAACUGUCAAACAGCAGAUUGAAGAGCUCAAGCAAUACAAGGUGGAGGUUUACCAGCAGCAGAUCGACAUGGAGAAGCUGUGCCACCAGGGGGAGCUGCUGUUGAAGAAAGUGUCAGACCAAACAGACAGGGACAUGAUCCAGGAGCCGCUGACCGAGCUCCGCCACCUCUGGGACAACCUGGGGGAUAAAAUCACCCAGAGACAGCACAAGCUGGAGGCUGCGCUGCUGGCCUUGGGUCAGUUCCAGCAUGCCCUGUCUGAGCUGCAGGCCUGGCUGAGCCACACACACACCACCCUGGACACACAGCGGCCAGUCAGCUCUGACCCCAAGGCCAUCGAGAUCGAGCUGGCUAAACACCACGUUUUACGUAACGACGUGCUGUCCCAUCACGCCACGGUGGAGACGGUGAACAGUGCUGGUGCUGAGCUGCUGGAGUCGUCCCCCGGCGAUGAAGCCAGCCACCUGAGGGAUCAGCUGGAUCAGCUCAACCAGAGCUGGGAGAACCUGCUGCUCAAGACACAGGAGAGGCAGAAACUGCUGGAGGCCGCGCUGCACCAGGCUGAAGGUUUCCAUGGCGAGUUGGAGGAGUUCCUCCAGUGGCUGAGGAGGACGGAGAGCCAGCUGUCUGCCGCCAAACCAACAGGCGGUCUCCCUGAAACAGCCAGGGAGCAGCUACAGCAGCACAUGGAGCUUCAGGCUCAGCUGACUCAGAGAGCAGACCAGUACCAUCGCCUGCUGGAUCAAGGAGAGUCCAUGCUGCUGGCUCGAGGAGGAGAGGAAGCAGGACCCGGUACCACCCAGACCCAGCAGAACCUGGCCAUGCUGCAGAACAAGUGGGGCAGCCUCAACACCAAGAUGGACGACCGCAGGGGAAAGCUGGAGGAGGCUGUUUCCUUGGCAACAGGUUUCCAGACUUCUCUGCAGGACACCAUCAACUGGCUGACCCAGGCUGAACAGACCCUGAACAUGGCCCAGCCCCCCAGCCUCAUCCUGGACACGGUCCUCUUCCAGAUUGAUGAGCACAAGGUAUUCGUGAAUGAAGUGAACACCCACAGGGAGCAGGUCCUGGCUCUGGAGAAGGCCGGCUCUCAGCUUCGUUUUGCCAGCCUGAAGCAGGACGUGGUUCUCAUCAAAAACCUGCUGCUCAGCGUCCAGGCUCGCUGGGACAAGCUGGUCCAGAGGUCACUGGACCGCGGCCGACACCUCGAUGAGGCCCGCAAACGAGCCAAACAGUUCCACGAGGCCUGGAGGAAGCUCACAGACUGGCUGGAAGAAGCCGAGAAAAGACUGGACUCGGAGCUGGAGAUCUCCAACGAGCCAGACAAGAUCAAAGUACAACUGGCCAAACACAAGGAGUUUCAGAAAGCGCUGGGCUCAAAGCAGCCUGUGUACGACACCACAGUGAGGUCCGGCAAGGCAAUGAGGGACAAGGCUCAGCUGCCCGCAGACACCCAGAAACUGGAUCACCUGGUGGGAGAAGUCCGUGACAAGUGGGACACCGUCUGUGGCAAGAGCGUGGAGAGACAACACAAGCUGGAGGAGGCCCUGCUGUUCUCAGGACAGUUUGCAGAGGCUCUUCAGGCCCUUGUUGACUGGUUGUACCGGGUAGAACCUCAGCUAGCUGAAGAUCAGCCAGUCCAUGGAGACCUGGAUCUGGUGUCCAACCUCAUGGACUCACAUAAGGCUUUCCAAAAAGAGCUGGGGAAGAGAACCAGCAGUGUUCAGGCUCUGAAGCGUUCGGCUCGGGAGCUGAUGGAGACCGGUCGCGAUGACACGGCGUGGGUCAAAGUUCAGCUUCAGGAGCUAAGCAACCGCUGGGAUACAGUGUGUGCCCUGUCGGUCACCAAACAGACCCGCCUCCAGCAGGCUCUCAAACAGGCGGAGGAGUUUCGUACAGCUGUGCAGGUGCUUCUGGAGUGGCUCUCAGAGGCAGAGCAGACGCUUCGUUUCCGUGGCGUCCUCCCCGAAGAGGCGGAGACUCUGCAGCCGUUGCUGCACACACAUCGUGACUUCAUGGGCACGGUGGAGGAGAAGAGGGCGGAUGUCAACAAGGCUGCUGGCAUGGGAGAGGGCAUCCUGACCCUGUGUCACCCUGACUCCAUCACCACCAUCAAACACUGGAUCACCAUCAUCAGGGCGCGUUUUGAGGAGGUUCUGACGUGGGCGAAACAGCACGAGCAGCGGCUGGAGACAGCUCUGACUGAGGUGCUCAACAACGCCAACCUGCUGGAGGAGCUGUUGUCAUGGCUACAGUGGGCUGAGACCACUUUGGUCCAGAGGGACACAGAACCGCUUCCUCAAGACAUCCCACAGCUCAAAUCACUCAUCACAGAACACCAGAUGUUUAUGGAGGAGAUGACGAGGAAGCAGCCAGACGUGGACAAAGUGACCAAGACCUACAAAAGGAAACCAGCUGAGCCUCCCAGCAGCCUGGCAGAGAGGAGAGGAGCUCGCAAGCAGCAGCAGCAGCAGCAACAGCAGCAGCAGGCAGCGAUGCAGGUCCCCGGAGGAAACCCUCGACUCAACCAGCUCUGUGCACGGUGGCAGCAGGUUUGGCUGCUGGCUCUCGACCGCCAGCGCAAACUCAACGAUGCUCUGGACAGGCUGGAGGAGCUCAAAGAGUUUGCCAACUUUGACUUUGACGUGUGGAGGAAGAAGUACAUGCGCUGGAUGAACCACAAGAAGUCUCGUGUCAUGGAUUUCUUCAGACGCAUCGACAAGGACCAGGAUGGAAAGAUCACACGCCAGGAGUUUAUCGACGGCAUCCUGGCCUCAAAGUUUCCCACCAGUAAGCUGGAGAUGACAGCGGUGGCAGACAUCUUUGACAGAGAUGGAGACGGUUACAUCGACUACUACGAGUUUGUUGCUGCUCUUCACCCCAACAAAGACGCUUACAGACCGACCACUGAUGCUGACAAGAUCGAGGAUGAGGUGACUCGGCAGGUGGCCCAGUGUAAAUGUGCCAAGAGGUUCCAGGUGGAGCAGAUCGGAGAGAACAAAUACCGGUUCUUCCUCGGAAACCAGUUCGGUGACUCUCAGCAGCUGCGUCUGGUGAGGAUUCUGCGCAGCACGGUGAUGGUGAGAGUCGGAGGCGGUUGGAUGGCUCUGGAUGAGUUUCUGGUCAAAAACGACCCAUGCAGAGUGCAACAUCCAGGACUUAAGAUUCUCCGCUCCGAUUCCAGUAGCUCCAUCUCAUCUCGUAUAGCUCGUGGUCGCACCAACCUGGAGCUGAGGGAGAAGUUCAUCCUUCCUGAAGGAGCGUCUCAGGGUCUCGCCGCGUUCCGCUCCCGGGGCCGACGCUCCAAACCGGGCUCCAGAAACGCCUCCCCCACCCGUUCCUCCUCCUCGGCCUCCCACAGCGGCGCCUCCCUGCCCUCUGCACCUUCCGCCCCUGCUACACCCACAGCCUCCGCAUCAUCCAGGUCCUCCCAUACUCACUCGCGUGACUAUGCCAAGCCCUGGCUGGCACACAGUAAAACUCCAACGCCAACCAAGUGCCACUGCUGCCCAGAUCUCGGUCACAGCCACACCACUCCUGGGCACGAGGGCGCGGCAUCAGGGUCCAAACUGAAGAGGCCGACCUUCCACUCGAGCCGAGGAUCACUGACCGGAGAGAACGGAGGGACGACACACACCAGCAAACCAGGACGAAGUGAUCCAAAGCGAGGAGCCAGCGGUCCGACCAGCCGCGCCGGCAGCCGGGCGGGCAGCAGAGCCAGCAGUCGCCGCGGCAGCGAUGCCUCAGACGCAUCAGAGCUCCAGGACGCUCGCUCCGUCUGCUCCGACGCCUCAGAUACCCCGAGACGACCCGGCAGCGGGGCCAAGCCCUCCAAGAUCCCCACCAUCUCCAAGAAGGCUCCCAGCCCAAAGACCCCGGGGUCGGCAAAGAAAUAACAGCCACAGAAACUGGAGAAGAACGGUUACACCUCCCUGUUACAGAGGGUGGACUGCUAUCAUCGGCCAUCUUGGGUGUACCAGCUCUUCAAUCUGAACAUCCAUCCAAUUUGUGCACUAGGACUCAUGAUUAAUAGGGGAAAGAAGGAGGUGGAUAAGACGAGCGAGUCUCCUUCUCACUCUUUCCCCGUCGGCUGAAAACAUGCACAAGAGGAGAAAGGUUCUGGUCCCAGACCAGAGUCUGCGGGGGUGAAACCGACUUUUCCCCUUGAAGAAGCGACCCCAGUUUGCCUUCCAGUCUCCUGCUUCGUCUUUCAAAAGUUCCGCCCCAGCGUGGAACCAAACACCAACGGACUUGACGUGAUGCUGCCUUACUUUGUGUACACACUUCUGUCCCGAUCAGACAGAGCGACACACAAAAGUCUUUAAACUGCUUUAUACCACACUGACACACAAACACACACAUUUUAACUCAGAGGCGGGGAAGGGAGUGGGACACACCACCACCACCACAGCUACAAAAACAAAAAAAGCUCAGAUGACAUUCAGGAAAAAGAAAAGAAUUGUGGGUAAUUAUUUUGGCUUGUGGGCCAGAUGCCUCAACGAUGAGUUAAAAAAGAAAAUAUGCAACGACUGCCAUGUCGCUUCCUCUGGACUGGUUGGCAAGAAAAAGAGUCACCUCAGCAGAUCUGCAGACGCAGACACCACGUGUGGAGAGCUCAGGAGGCGGGAAACGCUGCCCGACACACACACACACACACACACACACACACGCACACACACACCGGCUAACCUCAGACUCAGAGGAUCGGUGGUGGUGGUGACAGUGGUGGUGGUGGUGCUGCUGCAGCUGAGGGCAAACACUCACACACACAAACACCGCAGAGCAGACUCCUCCUGACCGCUGGAACGUUAAGAUCAGCCUCGUGUGCAUUUCAGCGAGGGGCGGUGUGGUUCUGUCACAUGCCGGCAUAACAAUCCGACACACAAAAAUCACAAACUGGCAAUAGAAAGGACUAUUUUUAUGGUGACACACAACUAACAGCACAUUACUGACAAUAUACGACAUGUGUAACCUAACCCGAUGUUAAUGCCCGUGUUCGCAGAGUUCCACAACCAGCAUGCACUAAUUGUCUCUUCCUCUGCAGUUCCACCUUAAUGUCUACACUGCGUUGCCCUUAGCAACUCAGCAGCACACAAACACACUCACACACACGGUGGUGUGUAUCAUGUGUGUCUUUGUUAAAGGAAAUAAUAGAGGUCAUUGACUUGAGUCACUGUAUGCAAAAUUUUAAUUUGCGAAUGUCAUUUUUCUUCUCGUUGUUUUCUGGUUAAUUUAUAAUCCAGUUGUACUUUUGUUAUUUAGCUUGAAAGAAAAAUCUAUUUAUUUUUCAGUUUCAUGUCAUAUCACCGUUGGCGGAGAGUGAUUUAGUAUUAUGGUUAAAGACAUUGUGAUUUUUGUACCAAGGAAAUGUCCACUCCGCUCUUUGACAUUAUCUGUGUGUAAAGUGUGUUUCUACUUCAUUGUAACAUGACAUUAUUCACUAGGUCUCUGAUUCUAGUGGCAGCCUUGUUUGUUUAAGUUUCUUCUUUUUGCUAAUGACUAUAAUUCCCAGACCAUGACCAAAGGGGUUUGCCCUUCAUGUGUAGAGAGAACUACAAAUAUGAAUGACAGGAGUCCUGGGCAGAGCGGACCAAUGAGAGCGGGUUUCCUCCCUCAUGUUCCUCCCCAGCGUCUCUUCUUCUAGGCUUUUUUUCAAAUGUCCCGUCAUUGAUGGGGCCGAGUUGUCUCUGUGUUAUCUCAGUGUAAGAGAUGAAGUUUAUGAAAACUAAUGAAAUGACAGUAAGAAAGAAGAAGACAUCACAUCUUAAGGUGAUUUUUAUUUAUUUAUUGUCUCUCUGAGGAGGGGGGGGGUUCAGGGCGAAGGAGACGAGUCCACCACCUUUUGAUGCUGUGCUACUCUUAGUGUGAUGAUGACAAUAUGGAGGGAGGGGGGAUGGGUGUUACUAGGAGUCAAUUGUGUAAAAGUUAAAAAACUAAAAUUAUAAACUUUUUUGUUCUGUUUUUGUAUUAAAAAUAUG